CUUGACUGCGUUUUACAACAUUUACCCUCGCUUCAAAGUCAACUCCAUACCCAUCCUCAACACCUGCAAGAUGGCCUCUCGAAAUAUACCCUUGAAAGCCUUACGUCUGACCCCCAAAAGUCUUCCAUGCGGGCUUCGGCUAAGCGCUCGUAGUACACGUGGUGCCUCCUUCAUUGGCUUUCAAUCCACUCGAAAUCAUGCAACCGCUAUACCUGAAGAGGUCACUUCACAAAGGACGUCAUUAGAUAAACUCGAUACCCUUGGAUCUGCUCCUUCUCGAAAAUGGUCACGGCAAGAAAUUCAAGAGGUGUAUGACACACCUCUCAUGGAACUCGUCUUCCGUGCCGCUACCGUUCAUCGAGCACAUCACGAUCCAUCAAAAGUUCAAUUAUGCACCUUACUUAAUAUCAAGACAGGUGGGUGUACAGAAGAUUGCUCUUACUGUGCUCAAUCUUCACGAUACUCCACUGGACUUGAAGCCUCCAAAUUGAUUGACAUUGAGCCAGUUCUUGCUGAAGCACGUAAAGCCAAAGCAAAUGGAUCCACCCGAUUUUGUAUGGGAGCCGCAUGGCGUGAUCUUCAUGGGCGUAAAAAUGGCUUUAAACGUAUUCUAGAGAUGGUCAAGGAAGUGCGUGCUAUGGAUAUGGAGGUUUGCACGACACUUGGAAUGUUAUCACCCGAACAAGCUGAACAACUUAAACAAGCCGGACUCACAGCUUACAAUCAUAACCUAGACACUUCUCGAGAGUUUUAUCCCGAAGUGAUCACUACUAGAUCUUAUGAUGAAAGACUUGCAACCUUGGAGAAUGUACGUGCUGCUGGUCUUUCAGUUUGUUCCGGUGGGAUCAUUGGAUUAGGUGAAACACCUGAAGAUAGAGUAGGAUUAGUUUAUGAGAUGAGUCAACUGCCUUCACCACCUGAAAGUUUUCCGGUCAAUGCUCUUGUACCUAUUCCUGGUACUCCUCUUGGUGAAAGGGAACGUGUUAGCUUUCAUGACAUUCUUCGUAUCAUUGCUACCGCUCGUAUCGUUUUGCCCACGUCCAUUGUUCGAUUUGCGGCUGGCCGGAAUACGUUCACUGAGGCAGAACAAGCCAUGUGUUAUAUGGCUGGAGCUAAUGCAAUCUUUACGGGUGAAAGGAUGUUAACGACUCCUACAUCAGGAUGGGAUGAAGAUUUGAGUAUGUUUGAACGUUGGGGUAUCAGAGGUUUAGGAUCAUUUGAAGGUACUCAAGCACCUAGUGAUCAAGAAUCAAAGUCGAUUCAAAAAGAGAAAUCCAUAGCAGAAGUGAUGGCUUGAUAUGAGAUGAUUCUUUUAGUACUGUUUUUUUUACUUCUAUUUUUUUGAAUACGUUCCUUGGCAAAUUGGUUGAUAUAGUGCAAGCAGAGUAGAACAAAAAAUGAUUAACUAUACACGCACACACAAAAAAAGUAGAAAAGAAUGAAAAUUAUGAUGUUCAAGUAGGAUGGGUUUUGAAAUUGUAUUACAUAUAU